AUGGCACCAGUGAAAAAGAAGAAUUUGAAUCCGACUGGCCUUGGACGAGCAAUUAUCAAUCAGAAAUCUAAGGAUGCUCGUCGCGCCCAGGAGACCAAACUUUAUACUACAGAUGUUGAUUCGUCAAGCCGGCUGCGGUCGGUGACACAAGAGAAUGACCUGGAUGAAUUUUUGAAUACAGCACAGUUAGCUGCUACAGACUUCACUGCAGAACGUCGCAACAUUACAAUUGUCCAAACACCGAAUGCUGGUGCUUCAUCCGCACAUAAUCCGUUUCUUCUAUCCGACGAGGAAGAGAAGCAGGCUCUUGAACAGCAUAAACAGCACAAGAAUCGUCUCCGAGUACCUCGGAGACCCCCGUGGACACGGGAAAUGACACAUGCACAGCUGGAGAGGCAGGAACGUGAUGCGUUCCUCGAGUGGAGAAGGGGUCUUGCUCAGCUACAAGAUGAUAUGGGGCUGCUCUUAACACCAUUCGAACGCAACCUAGAGGUGUGGAGGCAAUUAUGGAGAGUUCUUGAGAGAUCUCAUUUGGUCGUUCAAAUUGUUGACGCACGCAAUCCCCUCCGGUUCCGGUGCGAGGACCUAGAAGUAUACGUUAAAGAUGUGGAAGUUCCAGAGGGAGAACAUAGAUCUGGCGAUGGGAAGCGAAAUUCGCUACUCUUGAUUAACAAGGCUGAUUUACUUACAGCUCAGCAGAGGCGGUAUUGGGCAGAUUACUUCGAUCGGGAGGGGAUACAGUACGCUUUCUUUUCGGCAGCUAAAGCAGUGGCUUUGCAAGAGGCCCGGAGGCUUGUUCCACACGAACCGAAUUCCAAGGAUGAACGUGUGGAGGGAUCAAUUGGUGACGAACAAGCGGCUGAAGAUCACGGCGAAAAACUAUCAGAACCACAGGAGACUUCAAACCCACCCGAAUCACCGGGUUCGGACACUGAUGAAAGCAGCUCUGAUAACGAAUCAUCCUCGGACGAUGAUCUUUAUUUCGACGCAGAAGAAGAAAGCGAAGAUAGCAAAGAUCCCAGAACCCGAGUACUCAGUGUGCUUGAGCUGGAAGCUCUUUUCGUAGACUCUGCACCAGAUUUAUCAGCUUUCAUUGACGCAGAGGCGAAUAUACCAUCAAAACUUGUCGUCGGUCUCGUCGGUUAUCCGAACGUUGGAAAAUCCAGCACUAUCAACUCUCUUCUGGGCGAGAAGAAAGUCAGUGUGUCUGCUACGCCAGGCAAAACGAAGCAUUUCCAGACAAUACAUCUUUCCCCCUCCAUCGUCCUAUGUGACUGUCCAGGCCUUGUCUUCCCUCAGUUUGCAACGACUACAGCGGAUCUGGUUUGCGAUGGUGUACUGCCCAUUGACCAGCUACGCGAGUAUACUGCACCUACCACACUUGUUGUGAAGCGGAUACCGAAGGCGAUUCUUGAGGCUACCUAUGGACUGACAAUUCGCACAAGGACCCACGAAGACGGCGGCGAUGGCAAAGUCAGUGCUGAGGACCUUCUUACAACAUAUGCUGUGGCACGAGGUUUCGCUAGAGCGGGAAUGGGGAAUCCCGAUGAGGCUCGUGCAGCUCGGUACAUUCUGAAAGACUACGUGAAUGCGAAGCUUUUAUACUGUCAUCCUCCACCUGGCGUAUCGGAGGACGAGUUUAAUGGACAAGCGCAGGAAUAUGCUUUACGACGGAUAGCAAAACGAAAACGAGCACCUAUCACCCGAGUCACGAAGGAUGCGGAUACAUUCAUUGACACGGGUGGAAGUGGCGAAGGACAGCCCGUGACGAGUCAUAAAGCGCGUGCGAUAGACGAAUCGUUUUUCUCCCCUGGUUCAGCACUUUCUGCCCGGCCGUUCGUGCAGGGCACCGCUCGUCAUGGACAGGCCUACUCUCGAGGGACGGUGUAUCCACACCAGAACAUGAUGAAUGACGACGGAACACCCGUUGAAGGUCGGAGAGCGAGAAUUGCUUCUGUCUUAGCGGCCAAUGGAGCAGAGGUCGUUGGGAAAGGAAGCAAGAAGCACUUCAAAGGUAACAAGAGAGCGAAACAAAGGAGUGGUAAAGGAUACGAUUAA